AUGUUGGCCCAACGAGCAACCCAGCAAUCGCUGCGCCAGCUCGCAGCCAGCAACCCCUCAAUGGCCUCACAGAUGGUAUUCAAGAGUUUUGCCGUCGGAUCAUCACUGCAGACCCGACCCGUAGCAACUCAAAAGAUGACCCCUGCCGACAGCUACCAAAUCCUCGUCGCGCAACGAAAGAACCGCCCUACCUCGCCCCAUCUCACCAUCUACAAGCCGCAAAUGACCUGGAUCCCGUCAGCACUGAACCGCGUCACAGGCUCGGUACUGUCCGGCGGAUUCUACGUUUUUGGGGCGGCGUACUUGGUGAGCCCGUUGUUUGGAUGGCAUCUGGAUAGUGCCAGUAUGGCGGCGGCGUUUGGCAGUCUGCCCGUAGCUGCUAAGGUGGCGACGAAGUUUGCGGUCGCGAUGCCGUUUACGUUUCAUAGCUUCAACGGACUGAGGCAUUUAAGUUGGGAUUUGGGGAAAACGUUUCAGAAUAAGACAGUUAUCACGACGGGAUAUGUUAUGUUGGGGGUUAGUACUGCGAGUGCGUUGUGGUUGGCGUUGUUUGCUUGA